AGUCCUACUCUCACCCUCUGUCACAUUCACGCAUCAGGCUCGACCAUGUGGACUCUGACCAAAACCCUGCUGCUCCUCGCCUGCUGCCUCUGGGCGGCCGAGGGGCAGGGCGAGAACGGCAACGCGAGGGCCCCCGGGAACGGGGCACCGGAGACCAGGAAAAACGUGUGGGAGGACCCCAUCCAGUUCACCAACAAGGGGAACGAUGCCUGCACCAUGAUCGUCACCGGCCAGGGCGAAUUUACCAGGCUGCGGAUAUCGUGCCGGGGGGAGAACAGCUCCUACUGGUGCGAGUACAUGGGGAAACCUCAGACCUGUCGCUCAUACAACAACAACCCCAGGCACUACUUCACCCAGAUCAUGUGGGACCUGAGGAAACUGCCAAACGCUUGCCAGGCACCCAAGUCUAUCAAGCCCCAGAUGUGCAAGAGGGCGCCUGAAGAGUCUGGGAUGGUCUUCUCCUCUGCCUCCACAUCUGAAGCAGCCGCCCCACAGAAGCCGGAGAGGACCCAGGAGAGGCAGCCCACUCAGGGCAGACCAGAGCCUAAGGCACCCACGACCAAGCAGAUGGGAGCUAAGCCAGCCGCAGCCAAACCUGAGCAAGCCAAACCAGCCAGACCAGAGCAAGCAAAGCCAGAGCAAGCCAAACCUGAGCAGGCAAAACCAGCCAGACCAGAGCAAACAAAGCCAGAGCAAGCCAAACCUGAGCAAGCCAAACCAGCCAGACCAGAGCCAGCGAAGCCAGAGCAAGCCAAACCUGAGCAGGCGAAACCAGUCAGACCAGAGCAAGCCAAGCCAGAGCAAGCCAAACCUGAGCAGGCGAAAGCAGCCCCUACGAAGCCAGUGCAAGCUAAACCAGAACAGGCAAGACCAGAGCAAACAAGACCGGCACCUGCAAGACCUGCAGCAGCCAAGCCGGACCAAUCCAAGACAGAUCAGGAACAAGGCAAAGCUGCUCCGGCCAAGCCAGGCAAGCCAGUAGGGAAAAUACCCACACUAAAGAAGAUGUUGACUCCUAAGCCUGCCCCUCCAAAGCCUACCAAGGCGGCUGUGAAAAGCAAUGCCAAGAAGAUGGCCCAAGAAUAUUGCUGGAGAUCACUCCAGGGGGUCUGUACCUACGUGAUUGGUUGGUUUCAGAAUUAAUACAGAGGUUUUUCAUUCCUUGAGAAGAUGACUUCGAAGGUCCUUAGUGGUGCUCAACGCGGCUUCCCAGAAGAGGGGUUUAAUAAACGCUGAAGAGCUAUGACGCCCUCUUCAGGAGAACGACAGUUAUGACAUUUCUGUCAAACUAUACGCUGCCACUAUUUCACCAUGAGUUAUGUAUGAAUGUUACAUCAAGGCUGAUACUGUUCCGAUUUGCUUGGGAGAACGUCAUUACAAGUUUCACAACGAUGACUGAAAACAUAAUGCAACCUGACAGUAGCAUUGGGUUUGGACAGAUUAUGUGUAUCCAUCAUCUUUCAAAUUUACAUAAUGAUAGCCUACUCAAAGUGACAUGGUUUUUAACCUUAACUUUUUUACGGUUUCGUGUCAAAUCAGACAGUUAAACGUUUUCCGACUCUAUAAUGGACUCUCCUAAGGCAGAUAAGCCAUUGGUUUCACCUUUUUUAUUUUUAAGUUUGUAUCACUCUAUACUAUGUAUCGAAUAUACUUUGCGGGAUAACAACAAGGUUUUGAGUUAACGUAGAGUGUCUGAAAAUGACAACUUCACUAUAGUUCAUUGGACUGAAAUGUUACAAAAAAUGUCUGAAUGGAUGUCUACAUUUGUAUGUAGAUGAAUGUGCUUAUGAAUAAAAGUUGGUUCCUA